AGCGUUUAUUUGGUACUCCUCAAUCCAAUGAUCAGAGGAGUAUAUGUGCUAAUUCGUGAAUGAUAGGACUGUCUAAAUAGGAAGAGAGAAAAAAAAAACAUAGGCUAAAGAGAGAGGAAGGGAAAAUAAUAGGGGUUUAUAAGCCUAGACAGAUAUCACAGGCUUCGUCUUCUCUCCAUUUCAGUUCGGGUACUCCUUUUUACAGUGAGAGAGGAAAAGAGAGGGGGAGAGAGAGAGAGAGAGAGAUGGGGAAGAAGGCAAAGAGCUCUAGAAAGGGGAAGAAGGAAUGGCGGAGCAAUAUUAGCAGCGCAGACGUUGAUGAGUACUUUGAGAAGGCAACAAAGGAUGCACUCAGUGGAGGCUCCCUCACCCAUCUCCCUGACCAAUCCCUUUUCUUCAUCGACAAAGACAAAGAUUUCUCAAUCAAGCGUAAAAUUGAGAAGCACAGAGAGAAGGUCCUCCGAUGUGACAGUAUCUUACAGAGGAGCACCCUUGUGCAGAAAGUGCCGUCAUCCAAGAGGAAGCCAAAAAAGUCGAAGGCCAAGGUUCUACCCAAGGAGAAGCUCAACACCAUUAAAACAACUGAGGCUGACCAAGAUUCAAAUGCUACAGUGCUUGACAUAUGGGAUAACAAAGAAGGGGAUACAAAGGCGAAAAAGAAGUCAAAGAGAUCUGUUAUUCCAGCAGUGGAGAUAGAGCCACCAGGUUGCUCUUUCAAUCCAUCUACUGAUGACCACCAGGAUUCUCUGGCUGUUGCUGUUGCUGAUGAAAUGCAAAAAGUGUACCGAGCUGAAUUGGGUCCUCAACCUGUUCCUCGAAGGGUUCAUGGGACCAAAAUAGAUGAAGAAGAUAUGUAUUUUCUUGAUGUGGAUGAUACGAAUGACGAGGAUUUGAAGAAUGAUGAGGAUUUGGAAAAUGAUGAUAAUGUUGCACAUGAGCACAGGCCUUUAAAAAACAAAAGGCUGACACAGGUAGAGCUAAAUCGAAGGGCUAGGCGAAAGGAGCAGCUGAAGGCUGAAUCAGAAGCCAAAAAACAGGAGAACAUCUCAAAGGAGAUUGACUGCUUACCUGAUAUAAUUAAAGAAAUCACCAAAGAGGAUGAAGAAAAGCACAAGAGACUUGUUAGGCGUACAGUGGCUCGGCUAGAAAGACUUAGAAAAGCACCCCCACGCUUGGGGAAGCACAAAUUUGAGCCAGAGCCAGUUCAGGUUCUUUUAACUGAAGAACUCACAGGAUCAAUUAGAACCUUGAAGGGAUGUUGCACUCUUGCAAGGGACCGGUUUAAGAGCCUUGAAAAGCGAGGACUAGUGGUUCCUGGAGGCAAGCGCAAAAGACGUUAAAUGCUGCUUCAUUCAUCAAAAAGUCUGUGAUCGUGAGGCUGAGGUUUUCCGGGGACAUCAAUGUCAUAGAUCCAUGUAUUACUAUCUUUAUUAUACCAAGAGGAUGUAAUUUAGUAAUUUAGAUAGGAAAAUCUUUUCUAUCGAAAGCGUGCAGGUUUGGUAUUGAAAUAUUUAGGCCAAUUUUGGUAAUUUCUUGGCUGAGAAACACGAACAGUCAUGGGAUUAUGGAUGUUGUGUUUGAUAAACAUAUUUCUUUCAUUUUUAUCUUGAUAUGGAAUCUGAUUUUUCUUGA